AUGGAGAGAAGAGUCAUCUACUGGCUGGUCCUCCUCUUCUCAGGGAUGGUGGCCUCUAAGCCCAGCUCCCCGUGCCGCCUUCAGAGUAGGAUAAGCCAACUUGUAGAAACUGUUGAACAGCUGAAAAGCUGUGUGAACGACACGGAUCCUGCCCUUGUGCCUACCCCCGAAAAUAACGAGGAACACUGUGAGGAGUCUGCUUUUAAAUGUUUCCAAGAGGCCCAGCUAAAACCUUCCAAUCAUCAAGAAAAGAAAAUGAGAUUUGAUACUUUAAUUAAACAGCUCCGAAGGAGACUGCCUUGGAGAGAAGCCAACAAGACCAAGCCAAAAUGCCGUCCAUGUGACUCCUUUGAGGGAAAAUCACCCCAAGAAUUCCUUAUCAGCCUGAGGUCGUUUCUCCAAAAGUUGAGGUAUGAGGUGAUGGAAGCCCAAACUGAGAAGGUACGGCAGGAGAUAUAUGGUGGAAGCAAGACAGAUAUGACUUGCUCUGAAGUCAGUGCCUGGCAGCUCAUGCUUCCUGAACUCAACUGA